UGGGAAGACGUUGUAAUUCGAGCCAACAUUGAAUUCACACGGUUGAUGCAUCUAGUCACUACAUUGGAUCGAUACCCAUUAGUGUCGGAUUCCCGUCCGCUACUGAUCAAGAACACCUUGCUAACCGGUAAGCGCUGUCACAAUGACCGAGUGCUAUGUAAAGCUAUAUCUGGUGUCCUGCAAAGCCAAGGACAAUGCGUCAUUAUUGGAUCCGAUAACCUUUAUGUUACCAGGUUGCUGCAUACCCUAGCAGCUUUUGUCCCUGAGCAGCUGCGAUGGUCUUGUCCUCGAAUGUACCGCCACAAAUUCAAUCCGUACCUGCGCUUGCAAGUUGUACGCCGGUAUGAGCUGCCGUACCUUUUGCAAUGUGGUGCAUUAGCUACCUGGCCAAUAUGCGUCGUUGAUGUGGAUCGCUCGACUGUAUGCAUGUCAGCUCCUUACAGUCGACAUCGCAUUUUGAAACGGAGAGCUGACGCGCAGCGAGUUUCCGCUAUUCUGGAAGGGCCUGUUACCCUGUAUGUUUUUCUUCGAACUCCUCCUGUCGUAUUUUGGAUUGUGUUCGUUUGUACAUUUUUCGUGCCCCUCAUAUCAUUGACCAUUCAGGAGUCGGCCAGGAUGGGCUUCAUAAAUCAGUUACUUCUAUAUAUCGAGAAUAUGGCGCGUGCGUUGAUCAUUUAUGUACAGCAUUCAAGGUUUGGCCCUUUACCGACGGAGAAGUCGUCAGCAACUAAGAGCUCACGAUUUUCGCUGAGCGAAUGCAGAAAAGCUCUAGACUUGCAGUCGGACGCUUUCUUCCAUGCUGUGCUUGCCAGAGCAGAUCUAAUUGCUCCAGAUAUAGCCGAGUUCAUAUACAGCUCGGGCUGA